AUGGACGUGGAGAGAUCGUCGCUGUGCAAUUGCGUGGUUAAUUUCUUGCUGGAAGAAAAUUACUUGCUGUCGGCAUUCGAGCUUCUCCACGAGUUGCUAGACGAUGGACGCGACGAUCAGGCAAUCCGCCUUAAGGAAUACUUUUCCGAUCCAUCUCAAUUCCCUCCCGAUCAGAUCUCUCGCUUCAACUCCCUUCGAGUUGCGGACCCCCAGAGUCUACUUGAAGAAAAAGAAUCACUAGAAGAAAAAUUGGCAAUCAGUGAAUAUGAGCUUCGUUUAGCUCAAGAAGAUAUUCUUAAACUCAGGACUGAGACGCAGAAGAAAAUUGAGAUUAGCUUGGAUGAGUCAAAUGAGUUGAAGGUAGAUGCUUCUCCAAAUCAUGAACCAGAUUUGCAACCACAGAAAGACAUUGCUUUCUCAGAUUUGGGACCCCUGAAGGACACUGAACGACAGGAUCUGAACUGUGCAGUGAAGGAAUAUUUACUUUUAGCAGGAUACCGCUUGACUGCCAUGACAUUUUAUGAAGAGGUCACUAAUCAGAAUCUGGAUGCAUGGAAAAACCCAUCUGCAUGUGUUCCAGAUGCACUGCGUCGUUAUUACUACAAGUACCUGUUAUCAACAACAGAGGCUGCUGAGGAGAGAAUAGGUAUGCUUGAACCUUUGCUGAAAGAAAAUGAUAGGCUGAAAAAUGAUAACCAUUCCUUGCUAAAAAGCAAGGGCGUCUCUGAUGCACGAGCCACGGCAUUGAAAAAAUCCUUGGAGGUUCUACAAAAAGAUAUAAAUGAUAAAGAAAUUCUGGUCCAGGAUUUAAAGCAGACUUUAGAGAGUCAAAUGAAAGAACUAAAUGGUUGUAGAGCAGAAAUAACUUCACUAAAAAUGCAAAUUGAAGGAGCUUGUUCAGGACGGAAUUUGUUGACAAGUGACUCUGCACAGGUAGAAUCAUCGUCCUCAGAGAAUCAGUCUGAAGAAAUAAAAUUGCUUCAGAAUGAAAUAGAGAGAUUGAAGGCCAUACAUCUUGUGCCUACUGAAUCUGUACAGUCAAUCAAGCAAGAGAAAGGGUGUGAAGAGACAGUAGAUGAGGUUGAUAAAUCACAAGUAAAUAAUUUUUUUCCAUCUACAGUUGAUGCCUUAUCGACAGAUUUACUAGGCAACAAUACUCAGGUGAUGGGUAAAUGGGAGUCUGAUGUCACAACCAGCAAACCCGAGAAAGUGCCAGGAGGGAUACUAACUUCUUCAGACGAAAAUACAAUUCUUGAAAAAGCUGAAAAUUUCCUCAAGCACAAUGGAAAACCACCCUCAGAAACUGAUGGCUUAUUUUCGAAAUCAGAAAAUCUCGAUACUGAAUCAAAUGCUCAAAAGGGUUUGGGAACUGUUCAGAUACUUUCAGACGCAUUGCCUAAAAUUGUACCAUAUGUUUUAAUCCAACAUCGAGAGGAGCUUCUUCCUCUGAUAAUGUGUGCGAUUGAGCGCCAUCCAGAUAGUGCCAUGCGAGAUUCUUUGACCCAUACAUUAUUUAACUUAAUCAAGCGUCCAGAUGAGCACCAGAGACGAAUUAUAAUGGAUGCUUGUGUUACUCUUGCCAAGAAUGUCGGACAGCUGAGAACAGAAACAGAAUUGCUGCCCCAAUGUUGGGAACAAAUCAAUCACAUGUAUGAAGAACGUAGGCUGCUUGUUGCUCAAUCAUGUGGCGAGCUUGCAGAAUUUGUACGGCCUGAGAUCCGUGAUUCUCUCAUCUUAUCUAUAGUGCAACAGCUCAUUGAGGACUCUGCUGUAGUGGUUCGGGAGGCUGCUGCUCAUAAUCUGGCCCUGUUGUUGCCACUCUUCCCCAAUACUGACAAAUAUUUCAAGGUUGAGGAGAUGAUGUUUCAAUUGGUUUGUGAUCCAUCUGGUGUAGUUGUUGAAACUACAAUCAAAGAAUUAGUUCCUCCUCUAAUAAAUUGGGGAAGCGAGCUGGAUCAUGUUCUGCAAGUUUUACUCUCUCACAUCUUGGGUUCUGCUCAGCGUUGUCCACCUCUUUCAGGAGUUGAAGGAUCUGUUGAAUCACAACUUCGUGUUUUAGGUGAAAGAGAACGUUGGAACAUUGACGUUCUUUUGCGCUUGCUUGUGGAACUACUUCCAUUUGUUCACCAGAAAGCUGUCAAGACUUGUCCGUUUUCAUCAGAAGUUGCAGAUUCCACAGGAAUAUCAUUUACUGUGUCUUUGCUUGAACACUAUGCAGGGGGACUUGUGGAAUGGCCUACUUUUGAGUGGCUUCAUAUUGAAUGUUUUCCCAAUUUGAUUCGGUUGGUUUCUCUAUUGCCCCAGAAGGAAGAUAAUUUAAGAAAUAGAAUUACCAAGAUUUUGCUGUCGAUAGCUCAGCAGUUUGGGGAAUCUUAUUUGACACACAUCAUGCUUCCCGUGUUCUUGGUAGCAGUUGGUGAAAAUGCUGAUUUCAAAUUCUUCCCAUCCACUGUGCAGUCGAGAAUAAGAGGUUUGAGACCCCAAACUUUAGUAGCCGAGAGACUUGCUACAAUGUGUGUCCUACCAAUUCUGCUGGCAGGUGUGCUAGGACACCCAAGCAAGCACGAAGAAUUGACCCAGUACUUGAGGAACCUGUUGGUUCGAAGUUCUGGAUUGGAAGGUCAGCCAGCAAAGCAUGAGAUUGUCAAUUCUGUCCGCUUUAUUUGCAUCUUUGAAGAACAUCACAGUAUGAUAUUUAGCAUCCUUUGGGAAUUGGUUGUGAGUUCUGACAUGGAUUUGAAAAUCAGUGCAGCCCAUUUUUUGAAAGUCAUCGUGCCAUAUAUAGAUGCAAAGGUUGCCUCAACUCAUGUAUUGCCUGCUCUUGUAACUCUUGGUUCUGAUCAAAACCUAAAUGUAAAAUAUGCCAGCAUCGAUGCUUUUGGAGCUGUAGCUCAGCAUUUUAAAAGUGACAUGAUUGUUGACAAGAUACGGAUUCAAAUGGAUGCUUUUCUUGAAGAUGGAUCAGUUGAAGCUACCAUUGCUGUGGUUCGUGCACUGGCUUUGGCUGUACCACAUACAACAGAUAGGCUUCGAGAAUAUCUCUUGUCCAAGAUUUUUCAAUUUACGGCCUCACCAACCCCUUCAAAUGAUUUAUUGCGCCGGAGGGAAAGAGCAAAUGCCUUUUGUGAAUCCAUUCGUGCUCUUGAUGCAACAGACCUUCCUUCUUCCUGUGUUAGGGAUUUCCUCUUACCAGCAAUACAGAAUCUAUUGAAAGACUCUGAUGCUCUCGAUCCAGCACACAAGGAAGCUCUUGAAAUAAUAUUGAGGGAAAGAUCAGGUGGAACAUUUGAUACUAUUAGUAAGGUGAUGGGUGCUCACAUCGGGCUUGCAUCAUCUGUUACCAAUUUCUUCGGUGAAAGUGGGUUUCUGGGGAGAAAGGAAAGUGAUGAACUAGGACCGUUACCACCAGAGACAAUCGAGUCCCCGAAGCCUGUUCCACAGCCCGUAGUUGAUGACACGAGAUUUAGGCGGAUUAUGAGGGGUGGUUUUACAGACAUGCUGCGGGGCAAAACUAAGAGCAAUGAGGAAAAUUCCCCGAGCCAUUGA